AUGCCCCGCAGGGCGUCGAAGCGGAAGCGCAAGGAGGCGGCCGCCCGGGUCGGUCGCGCCAAGCGCCCGAGGCCCUCGGCCCAGGACACCGCGGCGGACCUCCUCAGCGACGAUCUUCUGGGGCGAUUCGGAGAUGGGGACAUUGCCUGCGUGCUGCCCGGCGGGAGGGGGAAAGCGGAAGGGGCAAUCCCGCCGCCGGGCGCCGCGCCCGAGACGAGCGGCGCGGACAAGGGGAGCAGGCGACGCGAGAAGGCGGAGAGGCGGAAGCUGCAGCAGAUCGAAGCCAAGAGGGAGCGAGCUGCACAG